UGAAGUGCCCCAUGUUUAUAUAAUCUAGUACAUGCCAGUAUAUCACAUGACUUACCUUGAACUUGAACUCAAUUACGAACGGUUAAGGUACUUGUUUAUCAUGGCGGCCAGGGGAUCUACACGACUCUUUCAAUCUCUGCGUUCUGGACUCUCAAUCCAGAGCAGACAGGUAGCAACUAAAUCUGGUGGAUUGAAAAAGUCAGCUGCACCAUUGGUUCUCGGUACACUUGCAGCUGGAGCUGGCACCUAUGGUUUAUAUAAGUAUGUGAGCCGGGAAACAGUUACCGAAUUGGCUGAGGCAGUUAAAGUACUCCCACAAGUAUCUGCAGCAAGUGGCCCAUCAAGUCAGCCUUCUGUAUUUUCACAAGGAAAAGACCAUGCUUUAUAUUUGUGGAUUGAGUUGACCCCUGAAGCUAAUGCUAAGGAGGUGGUAAAGGCUGCAAAAUCACUACAGAAGUUGGUUGACCAGGUCACGGAUCCAAGUCUGCGUGAUGAGAUGGAUGAAAUUUGGGCAGGAGUUGGAUUUAGUCCAAAUUUUUACAAGCAGGUUGGAGGCAAAGCAAAACAAGAUUAUACUUAUGCGCACAGACGAGGUAACCUUGGUGAUAUGCCUAGUUCAGCUGGAGAUGUGUUUAUCCAUGCUAAAUGUAACACCCCCAGUAAGCUGUUUGAACUGGCACAGGUAUUUCUCGCCAGCUUACCAAAGGGCAGUGUUCGUGACUACGAGGAUAUUUAUAGUUUUGUUUACAAAAACGGCAGAGAUCUUUCAGGAUUCAUUGAUGGUACUGAAAAUGCAGCAGACGAUGAGAGUAGAGAACAGAUUGCAGUAGAGAAAGAGACUGGUGGAAGCUAUGUGAUAACCCAGAAAUGGUUACAUGAUAUGAAACUGAUAGGUAGUGAGAAAGAUAAAGUGAUGGAAGGAUGGGUGGGAAGAACCAAAUCUGACAGCACGGAAAUUUCACGCAAGUCUAUCACAUCACAUGUUGCUAGAAUGACAGGAGGUAAUGGCUUCCAGCAGAAGAAACCUUUUGAGAUUGUACGUCAGUCGAUGCCUUUCGGAACAUUGAAAGACGGCUGUGGUCUGUUCUUCAUUGGUUACUCUGCUUCACCAGAUAACCUUAACUUUAUGCUGGAUAACAUGGUGGGAGCUGGUAAAGAUGGACCACACUGUGAUGAUGUGAUGAGACUUACCAAAAACGUCAAGGGCACAUACUGGUAUUUCCCUGGAAACGAAGAACUCGUCAAACUUCAUUAAGUAGAGACAUUACAAAAUAAAAAACAUGGACAAAAUAUUGGUCUCAUAUAUCAACAGUCAUAUUUUGUGUUUGUCAGAAUAAGUUUUGCACCUAUAGUUUAAUGGGAUAUAACCUUGAUUAACUUGUUUCAAUUUAGUUUACUUUCUUAAAGCAAUACUAUGAUAAAGGGCCAGCAUCUUGCCUCAAUGGUCGCUUUCAAAAUACAUGUUAGAAAGGUGGUGACAAAAUUGUUGUAGGUUUUGUUUUGAUGCCUGGUAUAUAUAUUUAAUAGGUUUGAUAUAAUAUAUUUGAAAAAAAAACAAACAUAAGAAACAUUUCUCACAUUUACAGAAAUUUUGCUUGUGAUUCAAAUUGGGAGGCCAUUAUUUCUGUCUUGGUAUACAUAAUAUGCAAAAUAUACUUGACCAAGGUUUUCUUUUUACAGUUUCUUCAUAAUGUAAAAUGUUUUAUUUUAUUAAUAUAUAUUAAAAAUUGCAUUGAGAGAUUUUUCUGUUUACUGAUAUUUUCACAGGUGAAGUAAUACUUUGUGUUAGUUUAUAUAUUUAAUCGCGUGCUAAAUUCUUCCAAAUUAUAAUGUUUCUGUUGUUAUAUGACAAUGUAACAAAGAUGACACUUUUACACUAAUGAUACUUAAAAAGUAGGUACCAUUAAUAAGUUAUUGUAUACAUUUAUAUUUAACUGAAAUGUUUUGUGGGGUUGUUGGUUGGUUCCAUUGGUUGAUGCAUGUAUUAACCCACUUUGAAAAUGAUCUAAAAUGGGUCUGCUGUGAUGGCAUACAUAGAAUCAGCUGCCGUAAGCCAAGGCUGGCUUUACAAAAGGAUCAAAGGAAUGACUUAUGCUAAACAAGAUUAUUGUAAAUGUUGUAUACAUGUACAUUACAGAACAAUAGGUAAUGUUUUGGUGUUUCGUUUUCAUGAAUUUUGCAAAGUAAUCAAAACGUUGUAAUUAUUUUUUUGUACAAGAAAUAUAAUUUCUAAGCAGAGAAGUGUGUUAAUAUAUCUAACAUUUAUUGUUUGCAAAUCUAGUUUGUGUGUUAUAUGUUCUUGUAUAGUUGUAUCUUUUAUACACGCAAAACAAAACAGUUGUUUGUAUGUUACUGUAUACAUCAUAUAUUGGUAAUAAAGAGAAAUAUAAUUA